ACAGCGCUUUCAUUUCAUAACCCUAGCUAAGGUUCCGUAGGGAUAUAUAAUUUUAUUGCAUUCACUUCCGCAACAAAGUUGCGGCGGCUUUAGCAGAAAAACCUACAUUUCCCGAAGGUAAGGUAAGAAUGGCGGUUCCAUUGCUGAACAAGAAGGUUGUGAAGAAGAGGGUCAAGAAGUUCAUUAGACCCCAGAGCGACCGCAGAAUCACUGUUAAGGAAAGCUGGCGCAGACCAAAAGGUAUUGAUUCUCGCGUUAGAAGAAAGUUUAAGGGAUGUGUGCUGAUGCCCAAUAUUGGAUAUGGGUCUGACAAGAAGACACGUCACUAUCUUCCCAAUGGCUUCAAGAAGUUUGUUGUGCACAAUGCGAGUGAACUUGAGAUCUUAAUGAUGCACAACCGAAUUUACUGUGCAGAGAUUGCACAUAAUGUGUCCACAAGGAAGAGGAAAGAAAUUGUUGAGCGAGCAGCACAACUUGAUGUGGUUGUGACGAACAAGCUUGCUAGGCUGCGCAGCCAGGAGGAUGAAUGAGCACAUUGGCUUUAGUAUCUUUAUAUUGUUAGUGUCUGGACAUGUUCUAUGCGUGCGUUUGACUGCAAAUCAAAUUUUGUUCGAUAUGGAUUUUGGCCCAUCCUUGUGUGGCUAAUGUUAAAAACUUUUCAGAUUUUACGUAUGUACUCCAGUCCUCUGGGUUAUAAGUUGCCACUAUGGUUAUAGUCUA